AAGUGGAACGCCGCCUGAAGCAGAACGCGAACUGCAGCAACGCGCCCUCCAUUUCAUUCCACCCUCGCUAAUACGCAUGCCCAGUAAAGAGGCGGAGAAACGUGUUGCAGAGAGAGGUUACGAACUCUGACCCUCCCUGGAGCUGCAGCAACCAGCAGAAACAUACAUUUUUAUUAAAUAUUAGCAGACAAAAAACUUCAAAUUCAGGAAGUGCCAAUGAAUGACCAUCAUGACGACUGUGGAAGAACUGGUGCGUCAGAUAGUUGAACAGCAAAUGGUAGAGGUCUCUUCAUCCCACGGGGGUAUCAACCAAGGAACUACAAUAGGACGCCACGUAAUGGAUAGCACAGGACAAAGAUUACAGAUUGUUCCUGCAGACAGUGGCAUGGCCUUGGCGCAGCACAUACAGAUUGUCACAGACCAGCAAACGGGCCAGAAAAUUCAGAUUGUAACGGCCCUUGAUCAGGCACCAGCGGGGAAGCAGUUUAUCCUGACCAAUUCUGGUUCUACACCGGGCAAGGUGAUCUUCGCCAGGCAGGACCACUCGCAGGGAAAAGUCAUCUUGGCCACGCCUGAUGGGACCGGCGUCAACCAGCUGCUUUUCACUUCAUCUGACAUGGCGACACAGCAGUUCCAGAUUGUGACAGAUUCAGGAUCAGCAGAGCUAUCCCCAUCAAAACCUAUAAUUGAAUAUUGUGUGGUGUGCGGAGACAAGGCAUCAGGGCGCCACUAUGGGGCAGUGAGCUGUGAAGGCUGCAAGGGGUUCUUCAAAAGAAGCAUCAGGAAGAACCUUGUAUACACCUGUAGAGGAACCAGGGACUGCGUCAUCAACAAACACCAUCGCAACCGCUGCCAGUACUGCCGGCUGCAGCGGUGUGUUGGCUUUGGUAUGAAACAGGACUCUGUUCAGUGUGAACGGAAGCCAGUUGAAGUUUCCCGAGAGAAAUCGAUAAACUGUGCAGCCUCCACGGAAAAGAUUUACAUCCGAAAAGAUCUGCGCAGUCCCCUGGCCGCCACUCCCACAUUUGUAACAGACAAGGAGACUUGCAGGUCUGCAGGUUUGCUGGAUCCAGGAAUGCUUUUGAACAUUCAGCAGCCUUUCCCAAAGAUUGAGAAUACAAUGACGAUGUCCUCACCUGAAAAGAGUGACUCUUACGAAGGUGAUUUAAGCACACUAGCGAAUGUGGUCACGUCACUUGCACACCUCAGCAAGUCAAAGGUUUUGAGCGACAACAACGCAGACUUGUCAACAAUGGAGACCUUAAGUAAUGGAGAUAGUUCUAUGACUGAAAUUCAACAGGGAGAGCAAUCAACAAGUGAAAUCACAAGGGCCUUUGAUACACUUGCAAAAGCACUGGACCCAGCCGAGCAUCUGCCAGCUGAACCUGUGGAGUCCAACAUGCAGCUGGUGUCGGGAGAUCAGUCUGGAAGCAUUAUAGAAAUUGAAGGACCUAUUCUAAGUGAUGUCCACGUCGCUUUUAAGCUUACAAUGCCUUCACCCAUGCCUGAAUACCUUAACGUUCACUACAUCUGUGAAUCCGCAUCAAGACUGUUGUUUCUGUCUAUGCAUUGGGCACGCUCUAUUCCUGCUUUCCAAGCACUGGGGCAGGACAACGAAAUAACUUUGGUGAAAGCAUGUUGGAAUGAACUCUUUGCAUUGGGUCUAGCACAGUGUUCUCAAGUUAUGAAUGUGGGCACCAUUUUAACUGCCAUUAUAAAUCACCUCCAGAACAGUUUACAACAAGAUAAAUUAUCAGCAGAAAGGGUCAAACUUGUAAUGGAGCACAUCUGGAAGAUGCAAGAAUUCUGUAACAGCAUGGCUAAUCUGUGUCUGGAUUCUUACGAAUAUGCAUACUUGAAAGCUAUUGUUCUCUUUAGCCCUGAUCAUCCAGGCAUAGAUAAUACUCUUCAGAUUGAAAGGUUCCAAGAAAAGGCAUACAUGGAAUUACAAGAUUAUGUCACCAGAACAUACCCAGAAGAUACUUACAGAUUAUCAAGGCUCCUUCUGAGGCUACCGGCAUUGAGACUGAUGAGUGCAGCCAUCACAGAAGAAUUAUUCUUUGCUGGCCUCAUAGGAAAUGUACAGAUUGAUAGCAUCAUCCCCUAUAUUCUGAAAAUGGAGACCGCAGACUAUAACAGCCAGAUAGUUAGUUCUUCGCUUUAAGUAUAGCAAGUAGAUGAAAUAGGCUAACAGCAAAUUUAGCAUUUGUACAUAGAUGAAUUAUUGAAAAAUACAGUUAAAAACUGAACAGUUGUUGCAAUUGAAAUAAACCUGGCUUUUACCUAUUCAAGUUUAUUAUUAGCGCCUCUUUUGUACAGUAUUUUUUUUGUGCCGAUUUGUAAGAAAAACUAUUCCAUCUCAUUUCACCUAGUUUCCUGCCUACUAAUUGAUUGAACUAUUCAGUUUGGUUCAUAUGACAAAUUAUUUUGACGUUAACAAGUAUACAGCUGAUAAAUACGAAUGCUUGAAAACCAGAAUAGAAAAAAGGAUGUAGAAAUAAGGAACAUAUUCAAGUUUUAAUUGAUGUGUUCCAUGUAUAGGAGUUUAAUGCUUAUGAUUACUGUGUCUUUAGAUUGUUGGCAAAAAUAAACUUUCUGAGAUCUUUGUAAUAUAGCCACCUUGAGCCAUAACUUGUACCCCCCAUUAUCGCUGCAAAUAAACUCUUUGAGGAUACAUUAAUGAAAAGACUUACAAAAGUAUAAAUGUAAAAUUAAAAUAGAAUUCCUGAUACCUUAAAGGUAUUUUCAGCCAAUAAUACACGUGCACUUUAAAAUCUGUUGCUUUCUUUUCUUAUGGGAACAUGUAAAUGCUGAUAGAGGUGAUGACGGUAAAUUAUAUAUCCCUGCAGAUAUGUUUAAAUUGCACUGGCUAGGCGCAUUUUAUUUUACGGCUCAUUUCUUUGGUACGUUAUUUUUCCUGCCAAGAUGGACUGUAUUGAAUACAUUUAUAUUAAAAUGGGGCUUUUUAUUAAACCAUGUAGAUGAAGUGCUGUAUUAAAUAUACCAGAAAUGUAAGUGUUGGUGUUGAUGGCCUAACCACAUUUUAUAUAUCCAAUUUUUUCAUAUGUACAAAACAACUUCAGCAAAUACAAGCUCUGAGAAUAGCAAAAGUUACAGAGCCACCUUUUAAGCCACAUCUUUUAGACAAACUGAAGUGUUGUAAGGUUUAUUGUCAUCUUAAAUCCAUUUGGAAAUUAUAAGGAUGUUAAUCAUUAAAUAUUAAAUUGUACUUAAGAGGCACCAUUGUCUAAUGUAUGUGACCACAUUGUUUUAACAUUGUAUUGCUCUGCAGUACAAUUUUAAAGAAAAUAUUUUUGUGACAGUUUACUGAAAGAGUAAAAUAAAUGUCAUUAAUUUUAGUUAUGUUACAGAUUUUGUAGCGUAAUAAUUGUUUCUGUAGCAUUUUACAGAAAGUGCUUUUUUCCCAUACCUGGAGGAGAGCAUUUACAAUGGAAAGUUUCACACCAAUGCAUAACUAUCAAAACUUAAGCAGUUAAAAAUAAAUAGGACACUUUCUGUAAAAUGUCUAACAAACUCACAUGCUUUGUCAUUUACAAAAUAUAUGCCUGAUUAAUUUUAUACACACCACCGAACACUGAAAAAAUGUCAGUGUUGAUCAUGUUUUAAAAAUAUAUAUAACAUUUAGAUGGAUGUUCAAGACUGUUUUUAAAAACAUACAUAUCUAGUGGGUGUUUCCUGGAAUAUAUAUGAAUUUGAAUAAGAAUGAUGUAGUAUAUUGUUUCCAAAAUAAUUGUAACAUUAAAGUAAUUCCUGGUAGUGCAGCCAUGGUACUUUCAUCAAUACAGUUUUCUUCGAAGGUAUUGUGUUGAACUAGGAUUAGUUUACAUUCUGCAGCUUCAUUGAAAAGCAACCCAGUACUAACACAAAAAGGGUGGUUUGUUCAAAGAAUAUCCUUGUUUUUGGCUUGCUUUGUUUUAUUUUUUAUUGUAUAAAAGCAGCUGUAAAUGUAUUGGGAUUCAAAGUAGAUGUGUACAUUCUAUUUUACCUGUAUUUAAAACAAAAAGAUUGUUUUUUAAUUUCUUUUUUUAUAUUGAGAUCAAUCGCUCAGUUUUAUGUUUGUGUAUAUAUAUAGCUACUGGAAAAGAUGUUGGUUGCCACCAUUAAUGCAUUAAAAUACUUUCUUCCAUUAUAACAA